GGGGAAGUUCGCCUUCUGAAUUGUGCAUCCAGCUCCCAGGGAUCUGUGUUUUGCACCCACCUUGCAAGGAAGGAUUGCAACCUUGCAAUCUUUGCAAAAGCUGCAUUUAGUAAGAAGACACAGAAGGGGGUUGAAUCUGGAGUGGAGAUAGCCGAGCUGGGCUAAAGUUGCCCUCGAUCUGGGCAGAGAAAAUGGCUUUGGAGGAGGUGUUGGGGACCAUCCCGCUGGGCAUCCAGGAACCUUUUCCAACUGAGUGGGCAGGUGAGAAAAUGGCCGAGGGAGGCCCUAGACGGCAGGAAGACGUUUCUGAGGAUGCCGGUGUGACCAACCACGUUGCUCUGGUGAAAAACGAAAUGGCUGCCGCACGCAAGGAAGUCUGCGCGAGGGACGUCACAGAGACAGUGGUGACAUCUUGUUCACAAGCAGACGAGCCCCAGCUUCCAGACCCGCCACGCUGGGACGAUAUAUUUUUGACGUCUGUUGAGAAGGCAGUUGACACCCGGCCGGGAAAGUGGAUGUCGCAGCUCAUACCGGGCCUGAAAGAGGAAGGGCCGCGAUUUGAGGACAGGGAAGCGGGAGAUUACGGGAAGGUGAAGGCGGCCAUCUUGCGGGUCGACGCCAUCAGCACCGAAGUCCAGCGGCAGCACUUCCGCCUGUUCCAAUACAAGGAGGCCGACGGGCCCCGCGAGGCCUGCAGCCGCCUCUGGUUCCUUUGCCACCGGUGGCUGAAGCCGGAGAGGCACACCAAGGAGCAGAUCCUGGAGCUGUUGAUCCUGGAGCAGUUCCUGGCCAUCCUUCCGCCGGAGAGCCAGAGCUGGGUCAAAGAUGGCUGCCCGGAGACCUGCGCCCAGGCGGUGAUGUUGGCCGAGGAUUUCCUCCAGAGGCAACGAGAGCUCGAAAGGCCAGAAGCACAGGUGCCGGGAUUGUUUGAGGAGGCCAGGGAGACGUCCCUGCAGGCCGAAGGAGCUCUGUUGGGCCCUGAGCAGAGACAGCAGGUCCUGGAGGUCAAGGAGGAGACGGCUGUGGAGGGCAGUCCUUCACCAGGCAACCUGUUCCCUAGUGAGAACAAGAAAGGGAGCCCCCGGCCAGAGAACAGAGAGCACGAGGGGCUAUGUGGGGCAUCUGAUGAAGGCCUUGAGGAGACCUUCCCUCUCUUUGACAAACCGGAAGAUCUACCCGAACGGCCGCCGAGAUCAGAUAAGCUGUCGAAAAAGCCACCCAGGAAGAGGGUGCAAAAAUCCACCCCGUUGGCGGGUGGUUACGAAGAUCUCGGUGUAGCUGCGGCAGAGCAGGAGAUGGGCGAGGGCAAGCCGCCCAUGAAGAUCACCGUCUACGAAGAAAACUUCAGUCAGGGCUCAGACCAAGCCGGAGAGAAAAUUCACAAAUGCUCGGUGUGCGGCAAAUGCUUCAGCCUCCGGUCGCGCCUUAUCGUUCACGAGAGAACCCACACGGGAGAGAAGCCAUACACGUGCUCCGACUGCGGGAGGAGCUUCAGCGUCAGCUCGAGCCUCAUUGCCCACCGAAGGACGCACACGGGAGAGAAGCCCUACAAGUGUUCGCACUGCGCCAAGAGCUUCAGUGUGAAGUCGGGACUGAUCGCUCACGAGAGGACCCACACGGGGGAGAAACCGUACAAAUGCCUCUACUGCAGCAAGAGCUUCCGGCGCAACUCGGGCCUUGUUAGUCAUCAGAGAAUCCACACCGGGGACAAACCUUACCAGUGCUCGGUGUGCGAGAAAAGCUUUAGCGACAUCUCGAACCUCAUCACGCAUCACAGGAUCCACACGGGGGAAAAGCCGUACAAGUGCUUGGAGUGCGGGAAAAGCUUCAGCCAGAGCUCGUACCUCAACAGCCACCAGAGAAUCCACACGGGGGAAAAGCCAUACGAGUGCUCCGAGUGCGGGAAAACCUUCAGUGUGAGCUCGCGCCUUAGGAAGCAUCAGAGAAGCCACACGGGCGAGAGACCGUUUAUAUGUUUGGACUGUGGGAAAACUUUCAGCGAAAGCUCAGAUCUCCUCGCGCACGAGAGGGCCCACACCGGGGAGAAGCCCUACCGGUGUUCGUUCUGCGGGAAGAGCUUCCUGCGCAGUUCGGAAGUAGUCAGCCAUGAGAGGAUCCACACGGGCGAGAAGCCGUACCAGUGCGGGGAAUGCGGGAAGAGCUUUAGCGUCAGCUCUCGCCUCAGCGCGCACAGAAGGAUACACACGGGAGAGAAGCCUUUCCAGUGCGUGGUGUGCGAGAGAAGCUUCAGCUACAAAUCACACCUCAUUACACAUCAGAGAAUCCACACCGGCGAGAAGCCCUUUCAGUGCUCCGUCUGUGGGAAGAGCUUCCGUGGCAGCUCUAGCCUCGUGGCCCACGAGAGGACACAUACAGGGGAGAAACCGUACCGGUGUUUGGACUGUGGGAAAAGCUUUACUCAGAGCUCAAACCUCAUUAGUCAUCAGAGAAUCCACGCUCCUAGCAUUCCACCCUACCAGCCACCCGUGGACCUGAUUUUGCGUUCCCCGAAGCCAGAACCAACGGCUUUUAGCAGUGAAACAAGAGACUGUGAGAGAGUGCCUGGCGAGGAAAUGGACAUCGUGCCGCCUGUGUGGGAAAGGGGGGCAGCAGCAAGAAAGGCCCCCGGCCCUAGAGGACAAAACCGGAGAUCCGGAGAACAGAUUAAGCAGGAGCCAGAGGACAGGCUGCACCGGCACUGGGAAGCCCAGUUGCAGGAGUUCCUGAGGACCCUGGAGUCUCCCCACUCUGGCUGGCGGGUCCCCCAGUUGGCGGAGGAGCCCACCCCGUGGGACGACGCCAAGGGCUUCCUGGCUUCCUUCGAGCAAGUGGCCAAAGCCUGCCGGUGGCCCAGGGAAGAGUGGGCGGCCCGGCUCCUGCCAGCCCUCAGGGGAGAAGCCGAGUGGGCCUUUAGCCGGCUGGAGGGCCGAGACACAGAGGAUUAUGGGAAAGUGAAGGCGGCCAUCUUGCAAUGGGACAGCUUCCGGAGGGAGACUCGGCGCCAGCGCUUCAGGCGUUUCUGCUACCAGGAGGCCGAGGGGCCGAGAGGGGCUCACAGCCGGCUGCUGGAGCUUUGCGACGGGUGGCUGAAGGCAGAGAAACACACCAAGGAGCAGAUCCUGGAGCUGCUCCUUCUUGAACAGCUCCUGACUGUCCUGCCCACGGAGGUCCAGAACUGGGUCAAGGGACGGAGCCCGGAGACCUGCUCCCAGGCGGUGGCCCUGGCCGAGGAUUACCUGCAGAGGCAACGGCCACAGGGGCUGAUUCCACCAGAAGAGGCAGUGACGGCGGAGUCCUCUGAGGCGGAACAGACUUUGUCUGACCUCGGGUGGAGUGUGUUUGGCCGGCGGGCUGAAGAGGAGCAAGUCGGCAGGGAUCCUGAGCUGUUGGCAACGAAAGGUUGGGUGAAUGUAAGGAAGGAGGAGAAAUGUGCAGAAGAGGAUUUGAAGGAGGCAGAUCCAGUUAGAACAUCUGUGGAGCCUCAGGCGGAAGAGGAUGUCUCCCCGAGUCACAAGCAGGAAGACCUCCCAGGAAGUCAGCUUGGGCAAGAGGAAGAGCAGGAAUCUUCUCCGGAGAGUAAUGAACAAACCUUGCUUUGUGGAGUAGACGACACAGAAAUCGCUGCCCAGCAACAAACCCACCCUGGUUAUGGUGACCAGUCGAGGGAGUGCGACGAGAAAUACGGCCGAUUGGACUGUCCAGAGGUCCGGCAGGACGGCGAGCACCCGGGAACGGCAGCGGAGAGCGUCCCUCAGCCCAGACGCGAGAGGGCCCCCCUCCUAGAAGAGGCUUUCCGGUGCAGCGACUGCGGGAAAAGUUUCAACCGCAAGCAGAACCUCCUGAGGCACCACCUGACCCACACCGGGGAGAAGCCCUUCAAGUGCGCCUACUGCCACAAAAGCUUCGUCCAGGUCUCUGACCUGACGCGGCACGAGAGGACCCACACGGGGGAGAAGCCGUUUGGCUGCUCCUUCUGCGAGAAGCGCUUCAACUGCAACUCCAACCUGCUCAUGCACGAGCGCAUCCACACCGGGGAGAAGCCGUUCCUGUGCCUGUCGUGCGGGAAGACCUUUGUCCAGAUCUCCGACCUGACGCGCCACGAAAGGACCCACACGGGCGAGAGGCCGUACGGCUGCUCCUUCUGCGAGAAGCGCUUCAGCUGCAACUCGCACCUCCUGGUGCACCAGCGGAUCCACACGGGCGAGAAAAAGCCGCACCAGUGCGCCACCUGCGGCAAGAGGUUCAGCUACCAGUCGGUGCUGCUGGCGCACACGACGGUCCACACGGGCGAGAAGCCCCACGCCUGCCCGCACUGCGGGAAGCGCUUCCAUUCCCGCCCGGGCCUCAUCCGCCACAAGAAGAGCCACGCGGGAGAGAAGCUAGCGCAUAAGUGCGCCCAUUGCGCGGAGAGCUUUGGCCAGCGGCCCCAGCUCAUUCUCCACGAGCGGACGGCGCACGCCGGGGCCAAGCGGUACUAUUGCUCCGCCUGCGGGAAGAGCUUCAACGCUCACGCCACCCUGGCUAGGCAUGAAAGCAUUCACAAGGGGGGAGCCACGUAAGCUCAGGGGUAGCCCCAAAUGACGUAGGCCCUAAAUAUCGGAGAGACCACCUUCUUCCCUACAGACUUACAGAGGGGACCCUUCUCUGGGAAGUCACUCUGCUGUCAGACGUUUGUGGGGUGGCAGCCUGAGACAGGGCCUUUGCAGCAGCAGCCCCUAAAUUGUGGAAUUCCCUUCUCACAGAGUUGCGCCUGGCAUUUUUGUCAUGCAGAUUUUGUCAUCGGCCAGAGGUGCAACAUCUAGUCUGUUCUAUAGGUAUAUCAUUAAAGCUGCUUUUAACCUUGUAUUUUUAUAUGGUUGUAUCCCACCCUUGUGAUGAAGGGCAAGGGAGAAACCAAAUAAGUAAAUAACUGUGUGUGCUAUUGUGAACCUGUACUUGUCCCCACCCCCAAAUGAAUAUUUCCUUGAGUCAAAAAAAUACCUUUUCCUUGGGAAUUUUGUUUGUAAUCAUUUUUCAUUGUUCAUUUUUUCUUUUUUACACACACACACUUUUGUGAACUUCCCUAAGACUUGUGGAUAUAGGGCAGUACAGUUGUAUCUUGGAUCCUGAAUGCCUUGGUACUCAGACGUUUUGGCUCCUGAACACCGCAAACCCGGAAGUGAUGACUAUUUCGGGUUUUGAACGUUCUUUUGGAAGCCGAAUGUCUGACGGGGCUCCCGCAGCUUCCGAUUGGCUGCAGGAGCUUCCUGCAGCCAAUCAGAAGCCGCGCUUUGGUUUCCGAACAUUUUGGAAGUCGAACGGACUUGUAUACAAAUUUUAAGUUGUAUACAAAUUUAAUAAAUAAGAAGAAUAAUCUUAAACCACACCUAUAGAAUAAAUAAAUGAUUUUUCAGUUUUAAGAGUGAAGGGCAAGUUGCAGCGAUUAAACCGUGUUUCAAGCACAUUAAAAUCAGAAAAAUAAGGUGGGUUCUGAAAAUAUACUUCUUAAGUUUCAAAAGCCAAGGCAAAGAGGUUUGAAAGACAGGUGUCAGUCACAAGCUCCUGGGAGGGUCUAUGUCUGGAGACCAGACCUGGAGACCGAGGGGGCUUCCUCAGAGGAAUAUCAAGUAAAGGACCACCCAGCAGGACAGGAGAAUAGGUCACUGCUCCAGCAAACUCAGCCUGCCCUUGGCCAAUCCACACCUGCCCAUCUUCCUUGCAACAGGUCCAGGUGCAGAAAGUGGCAGCCAGGCAGCUGAUGGGGGCACUGUGGCUUAAGCUUUUGUGCUGGUCACCCAUUUGCUCUGAGGCAGGUUAAAGGUCCUUGUCUUAAUUUAGAAAACCCAACGUAGGUCCAGAGC